UAUUCAUUAUGCAAGAAUUAAUUGAAAUUGGUUUAAAAAAAGUAUUACCAGGAAUCUUGUUAAAUUAAAUAGCUUUCUAUUCAUUAUACAAAAUAUUGAAGAAUAAUGAAUGUAUUGUUGAUGUAGCAUAUACAGUGAGUCAUUUUGUGGCAGGAUCUAUAUAUGCAUAUCAUUUUGGAUUAUCUUCUUUUGAGAAUAAAGUAAAACAUUCUAUUUAGUCUAGUUUAAAUUAGGAUUAUUAGCUUUGUGGACUGCUAGAUUAGCUGGAUUUCUCUUUUAUUACAGAAUAUUGAGAGGAUUUAGAGAUCCUAGAUAUGAAGUCAUUUUCGUAAACUAUAAAAAAGAAACCUUUAAAAGAGAUGUUGUUGUCUUUGGAUAAUACAUUUUUUAAGGAUUCAUAGUUUUAGUAACAAGUUCUUCAUUGUAUUUCUUAUUUAAGAAUUCAUUGAAUCCAUAUUAAUUAGCUAUUUUAGGAACAUCAAUAUUCUGGAUCUAUUUAGAAGGAUUAUCUGGUUAGAUAUAUUACUAUUAUUUCUAGAUCAUCAAUUAUAAUCAUUUAAAGAUUAAAAGAACAAAGCUCCAGACUCUAUAUGUUAGGAUGGUUUAUGGAAAAAGAGCAGACAUCCAAAUUUAUUUUUUGAUUUAAUGACUUGGACUACUAUUGCAAUCUCAUCUAUUAAAUCAAAAAAUGAUGCUCUUGCUUUGAUAAGUCCAUUAGUCUUAUAUUAUGUUAUGGCACGAUUGACUGUACCUAUUACUGAAAAACUCAUGAAAAAAAAAAGAGGAGAUAAAUUUACAGAAUAUUGCUCAAAAACGAAUAAAUUCUUACCUAUUUGAGUAUUAAUAAAUUAUUACAUUACACAUAUAUAUAAACACAAGG